CCGGCGGCCCGUCCGGCGCUCCAAGGGCAGGCGGCUAUGGCGGCCGUGGCGGUGGUGGCGGCGCGGGGCGGCCUCCGCGGGGCUCUGCUGGUGCAGCAGCAGCGCUGGAGCUCGGGAUCGGGCGCCGACCAGCUGGGCGAGCUGGGUAAAGGCGCAGGGAAGGGCGGCGGCGGCGGCGGUUCCAUCCGUGAGGCCGGCGGCGCCUUCGGGAAGAAGCAGGCGGCCGAGGAGGAGCGGUACUUCAGGGAAAAGGAGCGGGAGCAGCUCUCUGCCUUACGGAAACACCACGAGGAAGAGAUCCACCACCACCAGAAAGAGAUUGAGCGUCUGCAGAAAGAAAUCGAGCGCCACAAGCAUAAGAUCAAGCAGCUUAAAGAUUAAGCUGGUGCUCUUGUUGAAUGUGCAUGGCCAAUGCUGAUCAUGGUGUAAAACAGCGUGAAGACUGUAUUUUUUGGUCUACAUAAUCCAAAUCCAUACAAUUAUGGUCUGCAACAACAUCAAAUAAACUACUCAGUCUCA